AUGGGUAUAAACAUUGCCAAUAUUAUAAAUGAAAUACAAUUCGAUCAGAAGUUAAUUAGUGUACUUGACACAUACAACAAGUACAUCAACUAUCGAUUCGAUUAUCUCGUCAGAACAAGUAUUACUCAAACACCCAACGAACUCAUUCAUAACAUUGACUAUUCUGAAUUUGAUCCAAGUCAACAUAUUUCACAAAAUAAUGUUGAUAGUAACAAAAGUUUAGACAAUGUUACUAAACAGCGAGAAGAAUUAAAAACUUUAACAAAAGUAGUAGAUUUAAAAAGAAAAGAAUUGAGCAUAAUAACUGUUAAUGAAGAUGGAUUAAGAAAUAAUAUUAAACACUUAGAAGAUAUAAUAUCAAUUAAGAAAAAUUUUAUCAGCGAAACUGCCAGAUAUGCAGAAGUCAGAUGGAAUGCAAAAGAAAAAGUUGAAAAAGAGUACAAUAGAAUAAACAAAAAAUAUAUUAAAAUUUUAAGUCAGGCAAACAAAUCAAAAACUAAUUAUGGUAAUGGAACUAGUAAAGAUGCAGAUUAUGGAGAGCGAACAAAUAAUAGGCUAUUACGAUAUGAAGACAAAAUUAAAAAAAUGAAUGAUAUUAUAAAAAUUGCCAGUGAUAGUACAGAAAAAUUACUUCAAUAUCAAAUUGCAUUACAAACUUCAAAUGAUCGCUUAAAAAUAUUUUAUGACCAACUAAAUAAUCAUAUAAGAAAUAAACAAGAAGUUUCAUUAUUAUUAAUACAACAUGAAAAACGAAUUAAUCAACUGAAAAUUAAUUUAUCAAAUUUGGGGGUUUUAACAAGCAUCGAAAAAAUUAGAGUCCAUACAUCGUCAAAUAUAAUUGAAAAUGAUAAUUUAAAAAAAGAAUUUUUGGACUUGCAAAAUUUAAGAAAUGAAAUUUUAAGUUUGCGUCCUAGAGGAAUGUUUAAUCCCAAAUAUCAAAAGGAAAAUAACUUAUUCAAAGAAGAUAUUCGAAAAUAUUUAGAAAAUGACGAAGCAAUUGAUUCCAUAGAUUAUUUAAUUGAAUUGAAAAAUAAUGUGUGCAAUAAUGACAAAAAUUUAUUACAUUUUAUUCAAACGAAUUCAAAUGAAACAUCAAUUUUUUGGAAGUGUCUGUCAACUUUAAGUAUAGAUGAACUGAAGAAAUUGUUGGUACAUUAUUUUAUCAAAGUUGUAGACCUAAAAGAAACCGGACGAGAAAAUGAUGAAAUAAUAUCUAAACUCGAUGCAAUAAAUGAUAGACAAAAACAUGCUAUUAUCUCUUUAAAUAAUAACUAUCAAGAAUUCCAUCUAUCAAUUGAAAAAAAAUUCAUGGAAUUAAAAAAAUAUUAUCAAGCGAAAGUUAAUUUGUUAUUCCAACUAAUUCAAGAAGAAAGUAAUGCUAUUACAAUGUUUAAAAUGAGGCAAAAAGUCAUAAGACUUAAAAAGAAAAUAAUUGAAUUGGAAAAGUUACAAACAGUGAAACCAAAGGACACUCCAGUGAUGCCAGAACCCCUAAUUAAUUCAAAUCUUCUAGAAUCAUCAAAAUCGGAAUCUGAAACUGUGUCGUCUGCCAAAGUGAUAUACCACAAAAACAAACUGAAGAUACAAAUAAAUAAAUCCAAAUAAAAUGUACAUAAAGACGCAUGAACAAAAAAUAUUUUAAGUUUGUAUAGGUAGACAUAAGCUUCAGUUUGUAUCUUAACUUCAAUUUUUUUUUUUGUCAAAGCAAAAUAUGAAUUGUAAAUAUGAGAUUAUGAAUAAUUGUAUUUUAAUUAUAUUUCUUCUUUACAAAACUGUUAAAUAUAUUGACAGGAUGCUCAAAGGCCCUAAACUAUUAUACUAUCUUUGAGCUUGAGUUAAGAAAUAAACAUAUUUUAAUCAAAUUUAAGCCAUUAGAAUUAGUAUCUUAUCUACUUAAGGGACUUAAAGAUUUAAGUUGGUAUCAACUUGAGAAGGUAUUUCUAUGAAUAACAAUAAAAUAAAUCUUGAUCGUGCAUUACUUUGACAGUUGUAUUCAUCCUCAGUAUUACAUUUGAUAGCAUUAUAAGUUUUUUCAUUAAGUGCAUUGUUAAAAACCUCAUUUUAAUAAAUUCUUAAAUGGCUGUGGUUCAGCUUUUUUAUGCUCACAAAUCAUACUUAAAGAGUAGGCUUUAUGUGUUCAAAAUGUAUUUUUAAAUGUGCACAUCCUUACAGAAGUCUCAAAAUUAACUUUAAUUGUGUGUGAGAAACAAGUCUUGUAGCUCCAUCUAGUUAAAAUAAAUUAUAGUUACUACUA